AUUUCAGAUCCCUAUCACUGAACACAAGGACUGCAUCAGAUGUAAGAUACACUGGGAAUAUUCCUUCUGAGGAUAUGGAUCCAUUUACUCGGCGGGAUGCAGCGGCUAGAGUGGGUGUGGUCAUCGUGCAGACAUCAGAUGGGGAGCAUGGAGGAAGACUCACUGUAAAUGAGGAAGCUAACAGCGUGGAUUAUACAAGAGAGGGUGACGAGAAAAUGUCCUUUGUAUUCGAUGCUGUUACCAACCAGCACAACAUACAGAGGCUGUACCCUGAGCUGCUCCGGCCUCUCUGUGAGUUGGUUUGCUCUGGUUACCAUGGAGCUGUUCUGGUGGGUGGAACCUUGAGGUCUGGAAAGGAGAAGCUUCUACAGACCCAGAGCGUCAUGAAACAGCUGGUGACUGGUUUGUUCAAUGAAAUAACGAAGAUAAACACUGGGGAGAUGUUUACAACAGCAUCCUUCAUCCAGUUCUAUCCUGACGACAGUGCGGUCGACCUUCUAGACAAAGAGGGGCAGGGCCUGAAGCCCAGGACUCACCCUGCCUUUGGAGCGUAUGUGGAGGGUGUCUGCGAGGUGGCAGUGGAGACCCUGGAGGAAACACUCUCACUGUACGAAGAGGGCAGGGAGACUCUCAGCGCCAAUUCUGGGCCGUUGGUCGGCAGGUGCAGCUCCUUGUUUUCGGUGAACGUGGAACGGAGGCUUCAGGGGGAGGAGGCUGCGGAGCAGCAGUACUGCCAUGGCACACUGCGUGUGUUUGACCUGGCAGGAGGCGCUCGGAAGGGGGACCUCAACGGAGUCAGCACCUUGGUGAAGGUUCUGGAGUCUCACAAGACGGCUGAUGACAGGCUCCUCCCCUUUCUCCUGGCAGACACUCUAACAGGGAGCUGCAGCAAUGUCCUUCUCUACUGUGUCCAGCCACAAGGUGAAAUUAUAACCGUCUCAGACCUGCUGGAUGAGGAGACCUACCACGCUCUGGCUCUUGCUCAGCGUGUCAGGGGUCUGGUGACCCACAUGGUCCCCAGCCGAUGGUGUCCUCAAAGGACCACCCAGGAAAUCCGGGAAAGGAUCCAGGAGCUGCAAACCAGAAUGGUGUCCCAAGCAGAGAACGACGAAGAGGACAUCAGGAAAUUUGAGAUGCUGAUUCAACACUUACAGAUAGUGAAAAACCAAGACUGGGCGAAGAAGAAAAUCCAAUCCAGGGAAAUCUGGGAGAGAAAAAAGAGGUUAAAAGAACAACAAUCCAAAGUGGAGAAGCUGAGCCACAAUGAUGACAUCCAGGGGGCGACAGAGAGGCUGAAGCAGCUUCAGACUCAACUGAGAGUGCAGAUCGAGGCCCACAUAAGAGAAGGGAAAGUGAGUGUGGAUACGAGCCAGGAGCGACUGAGCCACAUCCAGAAGCUGAGGGAGGCCAUCAAAGAAGAGGAGACCAGAUUGAAGACUGCCAGCAGUGACUCUGAGCAGCCAGGGAAUCAAACAAACCAGGCAGAGGAUGGAUUCACCCAAAUGUCUGAGGUGGAGGUGGAAUAUUCGAAAGCGCAGAGCAGACGCCAGAUGCUGAUGGAGGAUCACAGGGCUUUGAUCCAGAAAGAGCUGGACAAGAUGGAGAGGGAGUUGGGAGAAGAGAAGGCCGACGGGCUGGAGGGGCGGCUGCUGCGGAUGAACAUGGAGCGGCAGGUACUGGUCCUGCAGCUGGAGGCCCUCCGAAGGGAGAAGCUGGAGGCUGAGAAGGACCUGGAGGCCCAGCACCGGAGGCACAUUCAGGAGCUGCACACCCUCAGAGAGGAGGGCCUCCAGGUGUUCCGCGUGUACCGCCAGGUGUUUGAGGAGCAGAAGGAGAUGUUGGAGGACAGGUACAGGAGUCUGCUGCAGGACGCCAUCCAGGAUGCCGUCUACCUGUCGGCGAAAAACCGGCAGCUGCAGGCAGAGAGCAAGCGGCUUCACGCUGUGCUGGCCGAACUGAGGGACACAAUCUCAGCCCGGGCCGACCCUGGUGGGUGGAGGGACGAUGACCACAGUUCCUCCAAAAAGGAGGAAGACAGCGACAGAAGGUGACUCAGGGAAGGGUAUAUAUGACGCACAUGCUGCCUUGACAACGGCAUCAACCACUGGCUGUGAGACACCCCCCCCCCCCUUGAAAAUGCAGCAAUAAUCACCCUUCUACUGCUGAGAGGCUCAUUAUUUGCCAGGGAAACAAGGACACACAGUGAAUGCUAUGCUAAGCAUGGAGGUAACAGGAAAGCAAAGGUUUAACUCUAGAUAAUAAAAGGAAUAAACGGCUG